AUGGCGGAUGAUGAUUCUUCUGACUUGUCAUCUAUUUCUUCUCUGUCUGCUCCUCCUUCCAGCGAUGAGUCAGAUAUCCAAUUGGAGCGUCGGCACGGUAUCCUGAAGUUCUUCCACAAGGUCGACAGGAACCCGGAGCUGGAGCCCAAAGAAGCCACGCCCCCCCGGCCCAAGAGAGAGCCCUCCCCUCCUCACGAAUAUGUUCUAGCCGAUAAUCCAGAUAUCGCCGUACGUGUUUCUGCCUUUCGUCGCUUCAUCAUCAUGUUUCGCGCCCGCUUUACCGAAGCCCUACCGAAAAGCCUUGCGAACUUCGGCCCCCAAGAACUUGAACGUGACGUGGUUGAGACUGUCCCUGGGGAACGCGUCGAGCAGUUCUUGUGCGCGUUGUUGGGACUGCUGCUGAACCGGAAGCAAGACGUCAAACCCGGACACUAUAAUCGCGCGCUCGAAGAGGCUAUACAGACACACAAGGCUCAAUGGGCGAAGAACUGGGAGCACAAGAACCCCCUUGCGGGAGGAGCAACCUUCGGUUCCAUGACUCCAGUUCAACGGUUGACGCUCUUACGGACUCUCGUUCUCUGGACCCUCUCGUCGUCAGACACGGUUAAGGCAUACGUGAACCAGCACUACAAGUCGCGGCAAGAAGAAGAUCUCAACAUCUCAAUCUCUGUCCAACCAUGGGGAUCAGACGGAGACAAGCGAAGAUACUACUUAAUCGAGGGCAAUGACGAUACAUCCUUUCGGGUAUACCGGGAAAGCAACCCUGCUGGGGUGAAUAGGACAUGGUGGAACGUGGCAGGUACCAUCGACGAGCUCAAGACCCUUGCCGAGAAGCUCGAGAGGACCGAUGGAGGCCCAAAGGCGAGAGCCCUGGCAAAGAGGAUCAUCAAUAGCAUCCCUCGGUUUGAGGCUACGGAAGAGAAACGACGACGCCGCGAAUACCGACAAAUGCGGAAGCAGCAAUUUAAGCGCCCAGAGCCAGGGUUCUCUCUCUACGAAGGUCGUACGAGGGGUAAGCGGAUGAAGUAUACCUACUCCGACGACGAGGAUGAUUUCCUCACCGACUCGACGACGAGACGCUCGACUCGCAAUACCAGAAACCACACCCCGGCUGAACCUGCAGGUCCAGUUGUCACGGCAAGUGGACGACAGAUCCGGGCACCAACUCGGCUUAAUGUCGAGACGGUCAGCAACGGCGCACCGAGUGCUUCUGGAAGCGUCCAAGGAGAUGCUCAUCUCGAGGAUGUCAACAUGGAUGAAGGGGACUCGGUCGGACCGACCGGGAGACCCCGGCGAUCUGCUGCCCUGAAGCAUGGCUUGAACGGCUGGCCUUCCAAGAAGAGGAAGAGCGAGGAGUACGAGUCGGACGAGGACGAAGAAGGCAGCGAGCCAGACUUUGGAGAUGACGAAGAAGAGGAAGAGCACGUUCCUGACGAGUCUGACGAAGAUGAAGAGGAAUUUGAGGAGGAUGUAGAUGUGGACGACGACCUAGACGACGAUGCGGCCAAGCCCCAGCUCAUCAUCAAGCUACCUAUCAAGGCUGCGGUUGAUACCGACGGCAGAGCAAGGAUUGUCCCUGGAACGCCUCUCUCGGCCGAGAGACCCAAGAGUUCUCGACCUGUACACCGGAACGUAAUUGUUUCCGACGAGUCGGAGUCAACAGAAGGGCCGGAUUCCAAGGCUACGACGGUCAACGAACCCGAGGAGAAGGCGGCCGAGGUCAUCUCAGUUGCUGUCAAGGGGACCAAGCAUGCGACAGAUAUGCACGCGACUGAUUCUUCCAUAACCGCUGCCACCACCCCUCUGACCCCGUCGCGUGGACAACCCACUUCCCUCGCUUUUAGAGAAAGCCCGGAGAAACCACCACCUGUACCACGACCUAUCGAUGUCGGGGGCGGAGAGUAG